AGCUCAAGCCGAUUCUCCAUAGCCUCUCGCAGGCGCCCCCAGCGGCGCAUGGUCGGGAGAUGCUUGGCAAUGGCGACGGGGGGCUGCCCGCAGGCGCGCGGGCGGGGCGGCUCAGCGCGCGCAGCGCGCAGCGCAUGAAGGAGACGGCCAACUAGCAGGAGGAGGAGGAGGAGAGGGUGCGUCCGCGGCUCGCAGAAGUGCACGGGCGCGGCGCCGCCUUGCGGCCGAGACUGCGGUGCGUGCCCACGCGAGGGCCCGCAGAGGCCCGGGCUCCUGGCAGUGGCAGGACCGUGAAGCGGCUGCUCGCCCAGCCCUCCGCAGGGCCGCCGCCGGGCACCGGGUUCCUGGGGACGCUCGGCGGCGGCGCAACGCCGCCUGGCACGCCGCGUGGGUCCUCACGCAGGGCGGUUUCUCGGGCGCGUCGAUCGCAGGCCUCGCGUGGGCCGCGGCGGCGCCCCGUCUUGGGGCGGGCUGCGCCAUGGCCUCAGGCGCAACGCGCUGCGCGCGGCUUCGAGUCCCCUCACCGCUUCAAGGACCGAGCAGCUGGAGUCUCUGGACGGCAGGCCGCGGGCGCGACUGCCCAGAGGGUUCAGGCACUUGCAGAAGCGGUUGGAGGACCGUAAGGGCAUGCACCAACUCAAGCUCGGCCGGGACGUGGACGAGGACGAGGGCGAGGGCCUUUGCGAGGACAGGCUGGAGGUCAUGAAGGGCUUGCGCAAGCGCAAGUUCGGUCUGGACCUGGACGAGGACGCGAGCAUCUGCGAGGACAGGCUCCAGGGCAUGCACAAGCGCAAGCUCAGCCUGGACCGGGACGAGGACGAGGGCCUCGAGGGCAGGCUGGAGGCCUCGAAGGGCCCGUACAAGCGUGAGUUUGGCCUGGGCCUGGGCGGGGACGAGGGCCUCUGCGAGGACACGCUGGAGGGCAUGAGGGUCUGCACAGGCGCACGUUCGGUCUGGACCCGGACGAGGACAAGAGCUUCCUCUACGAGGACAAGCCGGAGGACCUGAAGGGCAUGCACAAGCGCACCUUCGGCCUGGACCUGGACGAAGGCGAGGGCCUCGGCGAGGGCAGGCUGGAGGACCCUGGACCUGGGCGUGCACGCGAGCCUCUGCGAAGAAAGGCUGGAGGACCUGAAGGGCCUGCGCAAGCACAGUUUCGGCUUGGGCCUGGACGAGGAUGAGAGCCCAGGUAUGCGAGGACAGACUGGAGGACGGCGGCAAUGGCAGCGUCACAGGCUUCCUGUCUGCGGACGAGCUCCUGAAGGCGGGGGCCGCUUCCCGGACCGCCCUCGCAGCGGCCAGCUUUAUCCUCGGAGCCCUACUCGAGGCCUCCCCAGGCCUUAGAUUACCUUGAGCUCGUUUGAUGUCUCUGGCAGCGCGAGCUGCGUACCAGCCCGCGAGCGUUGUGGGUUGAGUCGGCGUGACUGUUCGGAUGUCGCGUCUUCCGCUUGCUUCGGUUGGGGCGGGGGUCGGCCUGUCGGCACUCACGCGAAUCUGCGAGGGUGCCUUUUCGCACGAGACCGAGCGUUGCCUCCGCAGGGCCAAAGGGUAACGUCUCGGUCCGGGGGGCAGUACGAGCAGGGAGCUCCUGUCCCUUCCAGACGCAAGGGUCAGCAACUUCAUCCUCAUCUUCCCUCGCGCUAAAAGGAGUUCCAGAUCCGUUCGCCUUCGCCU